UGGCAAUCAUCAUGGCCAAGCAGCGGCGCCGGAAGCGAGGCCGGGCACCCGGGCCGAGCUUGAUGCCGACAGAGAGCCCCGUCGAUAACUGCGGACCCUGUACCGCUAGAAGCCCAUCGGUCGAGGGUUCGACGACGAUCGGCGACAACUUUCUGAAGCGCUGUGCCCAAGGCGACCCGUGUCUCUUGCCGCUUGGCGCCGCCGCCGCCUCGCUCGAGGCGCUGCGCGACCGCGAUGGCAACAACGGUCUCCUGCUUGCGGCCUUCCACGGGCACCUUUCUCUUCUCCAAGGUCUGCACGCCAGCGGCUUCAACUUGCACGUGAUCAACGACGGCGGCGACAAUGCGCUGCACCUUGCAGCGUUCCAAGGCCACCACGACGUCGUCGCCUGGCUGGAGCAGCAUGGCGUCGAGAUCUCGGUCGACGACGCUGUCGUGGAAGGCGACCUCGACGGCUGGGGCCGCGCUGCGACCUCCUCCAUGUACUUGGACCUUGUCCGGGCGGGUGACGUCGCGAGCCUCGACGCGCUCGUCACCAAUGUCGGCGCCCACAGCUUUCCGUGGACCGCUCGCGACGAUUGUCACAUGAGCGCUGUCGGUAUUGCAACCGAAGCCAACCAGAUCGCCAUGCUCUCGUACUUGGUCACCACCGGCGGGCUCAACCUCGACGACGCUGUCAACAACCGCCGCGACACGUGCCUCCACAUUGCAGCGAUGCAUGGUCAUCUUCAUCUCCUUCGCUUCGCCAUACCACAGGCAAACAUGGAAGCAGUGAACGCCCAGCGAUGGACGCCCAUGGACACGGCGUGCUUUUUCGGCCAGGCCUCAAUCGUCGACUACUUCUUGGCGCACGCCGGCGUCGUUUUGUCGGUAGCGCACCUCGCCCUCGCGCUCGAAGGCGGCGCCGCGUCGCUGCUUAUGCUGAACGAUCUUCUGCAGAAGGCACCGCAUCUGGUGCAGGCGCGGCAUGGCCAAUCGCAGGAGACGCUGCUGCACAUUGCAGUGUCGCUGCGCCAGCGCGAGGCCUGUCAACUGUUGCUGCAAAAAGGCGCGGACGUCGGCGCUCUCGAUGGCAGUGGCUGGACGCCGUGGCACGUGGUCCUCCAUACGCAGUGGGCGGCGGGCGUCGACCUCUUGCUAUCGCCGAGCCGAUCGACCAUAGCGUCUUGGCUUCCAUUUGCAAUGCAGCACGCGUCGACGCCGAUGCUGCUCGAGAUGUACGACCGCCUUGGAUCACCUCAAGCGCUCUACCAAGCGGCCGUCGACAGUCUGCGCAACGAAGUGGUCUUGGCCAUCGACGCUCGCCAUGAAGCAAAGGCCAAUGCGAUGCUGUCGCAGCUCGUCGAGUGCGCGGUGACGCCUUCGACGCGCUCGACCGCGUCACUACCAAGUGCAGUAUCGACGCCGCUCGUCAGCCAAUCGACGGACCAAUGGGCGACCGAGACGACUGCAGACGACGAUGACAGUACCAUGACACUAGCACCAGACGCCUCGCCGCUGCAGGUGCACGAGAUGCUGGCCAUUGGUCUGGCGCGAGGUCACCACGACGAGUGGGGCGAUGUCCUCGUUCAGAUGCUCUCGCCGCGCGAAGCGGCGGCCGUCCGACGCUUCCACCAGCAACUGCUGCGCCUCCGCGGCCGCUCGACAUCGCUUCUCCGGUAUCUCGGGUGUGUCGACGGCGCAACGAACGACGCCGACACGGCCCUGCUCUUCGAGGCGCCCGAGAGAUCCACGCAACCAGCGAUGGACGGUCGGUCGUUUCUUGGGGUUGUCGACGCGGUCGGCUUCUUGCACGGGCAUGGCCAAGCCCACGGCGCCAUCACACCUGAUUGCAUCAUUCUCGAGGCUGAGGCUUCCUCCAAGCUGUACGUUGCGCCGGUUAGUGCGCUUCCGGCGGCUGUGUGCCCGCCGCCCGAGCUCCACGAGCACGCCGACAUUGAUGUCUUUGCGGCUGACAUCUUUAGCCUUGGCCAGGCACUCGCUGCGCUGGCACCGACACCGCUGAGCACCGAGUGUGUCGACCUCUUCGAUGCCAUGACCGCGCUCGACCCAAGCGCUCGCCCCCGAAUCAACGAGGUCCGGGCCCACCCAUGGUUUUGGUCGAUCGACGCCAAGCUCGCUUAUAUGGAACGGGUCGCAAACCAAGUGCCGUUGAGUGCGUUUCCGCCAGGUGUCUACCGAUGGCAGGCGCGGGUGCCACCGGCGGCGGCCAGUACCCUUGGGAGCCACCGAGUGUACAGCGAAUCGCUGCCCGACCUUGUCCGCUGGGUGCGCAACAUGAAGCAACACAGCCGUGAGCACGCACCCGCUGUCUGGACCGCGCUCAGUCAAGGCCGCGUGUAUGAAUUGGCGACGCACCACGGCCAGAUGCACUGCCUCGGCAACUUUGUCACCCGGGCCUUUCCAGAUCUGGUGUGUCGACUCUGCCGCACGCUGGGCGAGAUCUAGUAAAACUCGUGACCUUAUUUACGCUGUGCCUUGUG